CCAGAUCUAAAACCAAGCAUCAUCCCAUAAUAAGGCAGCUUCCGUUGGUAUAUAUAUUCAUCACUUCUCUUCUCUGGUGUCUGCUACAGAGCUUCUUAGGGUUUCUCAUUCCAGCUUCCGACAUGGUUCUCCAAAACGACAUUGAUCUUCUGAACCCGCCGGCGGAGCUUGAGAAGAAGAAGCACAAGCUCAAGCGCCUCGUUCAAUCCCCCAAUUCAUUCUUCAUGGAUGUGAAGUGCCAGGGCUGUUUCAACAUAACAACAGUAUUUAGCCACUCGCAAACAGUGGUGGUGUGUGGGAACUGCCAGACAGUAUUGUGCCAGCCAACAGGUGGGCGUGCUAGACUUACUGAAGGCUGCUCCUUUAGGAGAAAAGGAGAUUAAGUAAUUAAUUAAUUUACUUACUCUAUUCUCAAGUUUGAGAUUAAGUAAUUAAUUUACUUACUCUAUUCUCAAGUUUGUUUUUUGUUAUGAAUUAAUAUUAUGAUGAUCAUAUGGGACAGGGAGAGAGAGAGAGACAUUUCUACUUGGUUUAGUUAGUUUACAAGUAAUUUUUGUUUGAUAUUUCGAUUUUGGUUAUAAAACUUUUGUUUGUUGGACCGGAUUGGAUUGGAAGCUGGAACGUUAUAGUAAUGGUUCAAAAAUUAUACCUUGCA